UAGAGUUUGACCAGCGAGUCGCUGCACAAGCGUUUUUAGAGAAUUCUAUAUAUGGCAAUAAUUUUAGCUGUCAAAAGUGUCAAAAAUAUUGUCAAACGAGUUUACACAUAACCUAGAUUCUCAUGUUAGUUCCUUCGUUACGGAAGUUUAUAUCGUAUUAUAAUGGCUAAACCGAUUAGAAGCAGUGUGAGGAGCAUGUUAUUUACGAUAAUCAGUAACUAUAAUCAAGUUCGACACGACGAAAAUGAGAGAUUACUAGAAAAGAAGCGAAUAUUGGACGAAAUCAUUCAGGCGACCGCGGGCGUAGAUGACGAAAAUGUUAGAGAAACUAUUGAAAAGCUAGCAAGAGAACUGAAGAAUGUUAUUGAUAAUAACGCAUCAGAAUCAAGUUAUUUAGAGAAAGUGUCUACUAUGACAGGUGUAAGCAUUCGUACACUACGCACAAUUAAAAAAGAGGGCUCUAUUAACCAAGGCCAAUGGAAUACGCCAGGGAAAAAACGACCCCGGCCACCAACUGUGUCAAAUUUAGACAAUUUUGAUGUGUCAGCCAUUCGUAAUAAAAUUAACGAGUUUUAUUGCGUCAAAAAGCAGGUACCUACUCUAAGAGCCUUACAUGCGGAUUUGAAAGAAUCUAUAGGAUUCUCAGGAUGUUGUGAAACACUGAGGAAAAUACUACACGAGAACGGAUUUGAGUUUUAAAAAAAUAAAGAAGAGCGCUCCAUCCUCAUGGAAAAGUUUGAAAUAUCUGGGUGGAGGCAAAGGUUUCUUAGAGAGAUACAUAAAAAACGGCAAGAAGGAAAAAAAAAUUGUGUAUCUUGAUGAGACAUAUGUCCAUCAAAAUUAUAGACCAAAGAAGUCAUGGCAAGGGCCUUCAACUUACAAGCGGCAUAUUAUAGUGCAUGCUGGAUCAGAGCAAGGCUUUGUGCCAAAUGCUUUGCUUGUUUUUAGCACAAAAUCCAAAGCGGCUGACUAUCAUGAUGACAUGAACAGUUCAAAUUUUUUUAAGUGGCUACGAGAAAUGUUAAUCCCAAAUUUGUCUGAGCCCAGUAUAAUUGUUAUGGACAAUGCCAGUUACCAUGUAACACAAAUAAAUAAGCCUCCAA